AUGGCAGCCUCCAGUCAGGCACAAGUACUAGUUAGAUCUCUACUGUAAUGCUGAGAGAGAGAGAACCACAAGUUCACCUCCUACAAUUACAGAACUUAUGUCAUCAGAAGGAUAGGAGAAGCCUUCAGAGAAAAUAAAAUGGUUUUUGAUUCUGCACAAAUACAAAUUCUAGUGAAUAAAGCCAAAAGAAGCCUAGAAAUAAUUUGGCAACAGACCCACAUUAGUGAACUGUAUGAAGCUGACAAGCUUGUUAUCGAGAAUCAAAAGAAGCCCAGGACCUAA